UGCAUGAUUUAGAAAACAAAACUAUCUAUAUUUUUGUGUUACUUAGGGACAAAUGAUUUUGAAAUGUUCUUCCCAUGUCUCCAAAUUUACGAUAAAUUACUUUGGUUGAAUUAAUUAUUAUCUGAAAGAUAUGUACUUUCUAUUGAUGCAAAGAUCAUGAUGACAGACCUUUUUUAUGAAGCUGUAAAGAAAAGUCAAGAAAUGUCCUUCCAGAACUAGCAGACUACAACCGACACUUCUCUUUAUCCUUGAUAUCACAAAUUUAAAAAAAGGUAGUCUCUGCAACUUCUAUGACUAAACAACUUAAAACGCAUUUCUCUAUGAAUUGUGAUGCUACGUCUUUUAUCAUAAAACAUAGAUAGUAUAUACUGUCCACACUUCUUAUCUUCGAUGAUUUUCAGAAAACUUGAUCGUUUUAUAUAGGAAAUUCAUUUACGGACAAAAUGAGACUAGGUAUACAGUGUAUUGCGUUUUAUCUGUUGCUUGUUUUAAGUGUUGUCUGUUGUGUGUCCAUCGAGAAGCUGGAUGGGAGAGUUGCAGCCUUGGAGGCAAAGCUAGAGAUUCUGAGUGCAACUGUACUUAGCCUGAGCUCUGAAAACGAUCAGUUGAAGAAGCAGGUUUAAACCAUGGAGAAUGUCCUGAGAAACUGUAAAGCUUGUAAUGGUGGUGAAGACGAUAAUACGAGGAUGGAAAAUGAAGACGUUUUGGGAGGUUCUUGGAUUUGGGGGGGUGGGUGGGGGUGACGAACCGACUGUCAAUAGUAAAAGAGAGCUUGGGAGUGUCAACGAAAGACAGAUGGUUCCUAAAUCACGCGAUGACAAUCCAGAAAAGUUUAUACGUAACAGGAUCGUGCCACCUACUUCCUUGCCGAUGGAAAUUAUCGCUUUCCAUGCUUACAUGUCAAAUGAUAGUUUGGGACCAUUGCCUGUACAACAUAUUCUGAAGUUCGAUGUUGUUCCUCUUAACAAGGGCGGUGGAUACAACGCUUGUGACGGCUUAUUUAUAGUUCCAACAUCCGGAUCCUAUGUAUUUACAUGGGCAAUCAUGUCGGACGUUCACGGACAGGUAGAUAGCUGAUUAACGAAAAAUGCUGAUACAAUUGGUUCAAGAUAUGCCGACUCGGCAAAUUCUAAUGUGUGAGAUUUUUCUAGGGGAACAGUUGUUGUUGAUACAAAUAAAGGAUAUCAUGUAUAUGUACAGAUGGGGAGCAAUUCUAGAGGAAGUGUAAGAAGCAUCGUAAGAAGCCAAACUACAUUUUCUG